AGCGAGGAGGAUGACGAGGAGUUGGAGGAGGUGCGCGCGAGCAAGUAGCGAGAGUGUGCGCAAGUGCGGGAAAUCAGAGGGGGCAGCGAGCGCGGCCGAGUCUACGUCGAGGGAGCGACGCCCGGACGUUUGAUCGUGGAGCAAGUGGGGGCAGGCGGUUACGGAGCGCAAGUACGUCGACCGGGUACGGUUCAGCGAGAGGCGGUGAUGCCCAAGCGCCGCGAGCCGACAUCCUGGAAGGACUUCGUAGCCGGCUGAGUAACCACCCCCACGGCUCGAGAUCGAUCGGGCAUCUUCUUCAGUGUGGUCAGUUUGCACGUUAAUGUUGGCCCCGAGACGACGUCGCAACAGACGGACCUACCGACCUCGUGUCGCCAAGCGUCGAUUAAUGGAUCAAUUAGCGACUAGUCUAUUGUUUUGGUCGUAGAGAUGGCCGAGGCCGGUGGUGGUGCGGGUGGUGCUGGUCAGAAAUCCAGCGGAGACAAUCACAUUGCUCACAAUCAAACGGACGUUAACGAAUGCCUUGGCAGUUGGCUCACGUAUUUACAGAUGCUGAACGGACUAUGCUCGGCUGGUACGAAGUUGGCAUUGUCCUUGCAGGCGCUUCUAUCCGUUCACGAUACCAUGGCUCAAUGCAGGGUGACGAGCCAGUGUUUAGCAGGUUGGGAGGAACUGACCAGGGCAACCAACGUCGCCAGCCACACCGUUAAGAAACACGUCGUCACCGCUAUGAAGGAUUACGAGAUUCUCGACAAUGACGGCGAGAAGCACGAUAUACUUCGGGACAAUAUGCUGACCUUCAUAAAUCUCCAGUACCAAUUCUGCGUCGCGUGUUGCAAAUGUUUGGGAAGCAUGGCUGAGUGCUCCUGCUCCCAAGACGAGACGGAGUGCGACAUCGCAGCGCUCCAGCAGUGCUUCCAGCGUCUUUACAGCUCACCACCACCGGUCUCCUCCACGUCCGCCCACCACCCAUCGCAGCCCGGUAGUCAUAGAUCGCCGCUGCCGUACUCGUUGUUUCCUCUGCAGGUUCAGAGGAGGUGGUCGGAGACGGCGGCGGCCGACAUGUUCGGUGGCGAGUCUUCCGAGCAAGCGGUGCGCCGAUGGUCCAUGCCCUGGGACUGCCGUCACGUGACCGAGUGGCCGAGACAGGAGGCGAGGACGAGACUGAGGGUGCCGUACCAGGACCGCAGCAGGUCAACGACCCCGGACUCCCUCUGGAAGUCGGCGAUGGCCAGCCAGGAUGGGCUACGCGAGGCCAUACAGCUUCUCUCUUGCAAGCCAGGAGUCAGGAUAUCGAGCCAGCAGAUGAGCUACAGGGGCCAGCACGUCCCGGGUGUCACGCUAACGACCUGCAGCUACGAAAGCAUCGGCUGCGAGGGCGCGGUCUGGCCGGACUCGAGGAACGCCAAUUCGUCGCGCUGCUGGCCGCACGAUUGCCACUCCAGUGAUCAUUCGGACCAUUCGGGGCCGCGCGACAGCGACCAUAGUGCCCACAGCGGGGAGCACAGGGAUUCUGAGCAGAGUGGAGGCAGCGGCAGCAUUCACUGCGAUAGCAAAGACAGCGUACACUCGCAUAGCGACUACAGCUAUCACAGGGAAUCGGAUCCCGGUGUCGUGGAAUUGCUUUCGUCUCGUAAGAGCAGCUCGUCCACGGAUUCCUGCGUCUCUGCGCACAGUCGCUCGGGCUCCGAAGGUGCAGGUGCUGGUGCUGGGGAAUCGGUUGCAUCGAGCCUUUACUCCAUGUGGACCGGCAACGAUUUGCACUUUAUGAAGUUGCCCGAGAACACGGAAGUUCAAGACGACAGGACCAUUUAACGUGAUUGCUGGCUAGUGACGCUAUGUUUGUGGAAAAUUGUCGGCAAAGUGAUCUUGCCUUAUACCGGGUAU